AUGCGAAUCGGAGACGUGAUGGGUGAAGCAAAGAAGGUGGAUCUCGACGGCGGAAGGGUCCAGGUCAUGAUGAAUGGUUUCAAGCCUUUGGAGUUUGAGACAACGGUGGGUUUUGAUGAUGGUGACGAGGAGUCAACAAUAUUGUUGAGGUACGAGCGCCUUUACGGCUUCUGUAAGGAGUGUCAUAAUCUGUGUCAUGAUUAUGACCACUGUUCGAUACUGAGGGCUCAACGUGAGGAAAAGGAACGACUAGAGAGACUCGAGAAAGAGAAAAUGAGGCGCAGGGAGCAGAAGCAAGAAUUUGGGAUGUCCAGUUACAAAGGAGUGGUGAUAAAUGAAGUUAAGGAAGGGGAUGAUGGGAGGAGACACAACGGCAAGGCAGUAGAUUACAAGGGCAAGGGUAAAGGUGUGAUGGUGGAUUCAAGAGAGGAUAGAGGGUCCAAGGCUACUAACCUGCAUGGAAAACUGAAGGCAGACGGAGAAGGGACCUCAACCCGCGCUCCACCAGUAGAACAAGGGAAACGACAGGGCGAAAUCACACGCAGAAUCUCACGUGGUGGGGAAGGGGACAUCAGGGAACUCAGAACCCGCGAGAUUGGGAUAUGCGGUGGCAGAAUCUCUGUCUGUGAACACAGUGGCAGAGCUCACUGGAGGACAGACCAUGGAGGCUAUGGAGAUGAGGUCCUACAAGGUGAGGAGUCUCUUGAGGGCGGUGGUGUAGCACUAGAAGAAGACACAAGAGUUUCUUAUGAAUUGGAUGAGGACCUGCUUGGGGAGGACCUAGCAUCAGAGGAGGAGAUUGAGGAUCUCCUUGCGGAAGAGGGAAUGGAUAUGCCAGAUGAGGAGAAUGGCGACAUAGAAAUGCAAGAUGAGACGCAGACGCAGGCUGUGGGCAUUCUGAUUACCUCUGGAAACAGAGUAAGGCCCCACCAGUUAAGAAGCAAGGUGCAAAGAAAAAGGUGGGAAGAUCGACCGCCAGUGCAGGAAAUGGUCCUUUGCGACGACUAG